AUAAACCGUGAGUAUAUAAUUAAUUGGAGAAAAUGGGACAAGAACAAUCCAAACCAGAUCCACCUCCAUCUCCACCUCCCAAAGUUGAAUUUGAUCAACCAUGGAGGAAAAUGCCUUGGCGAGAAAAGGACAAAAUUGAACAUAAACUGAGGACAUUCAAGCUCAAGGGAACAAGUGCUCAGUUUGUCAGGAUUCUGGUUGUUGGUGAAGUCGGAGCAGGAAAGUCCAGUUUUAUAAACUCAGUCAAUAAUGCGUUUCAAAGACGAAUCACCUCUGAGGCUCUUGUUGACAGCACAGGAGGUACAAGUACCAGAUUCACAAAGAACUACAAAACUCAUUAUAUUGAAGCAGAAGAUGGCUCCAGUUUGCCUUUUGUCUUUAAUGAUAUUAUGGGACUUGAGGACAGAGAGUCUGGUGCAAAAGCAGACGACAUCAUCAGAGCCAUAAACGGGUUACUUCAGGAAGGACACAAUCUUGAUACACCUGUGACGGACGUUGACUACAGAAGCAACCCAUGUGUCGAGGAUCACACCACAUGCCUGGUCAACAUUAUUGCUGCAGACAAAAUAUCAAUGAUGAAUGAUGGGGUCAUUGAUAAGCUGAAAAAAAUCCGUCAGGCUGCUACGGAACGGAAUAUGCCUCAAGUAAUCAUCAUGACAAGACCAGAUGUAGCAUGUCCACUGGUUCAACAGGACUUAAGGAAGAUCUACACCAGCAAGAAGAUCAAGGAGAAGAUGGAAGUGUGUACUAAUACUGUGGGGAUUCCUAUGAAUCACAUUUUCCCUGUGAAGAACUACCAUGAGGAGAUAGACACAGAUGAUGACAUGGAUCUUCUGAUUCUAAAGGCACUUGAUCACAUUGUGCUCGUUGCUGCUGACUGGUUAAAGGAAAAAUGUGGUGAAGAAACUGAGUAGGGACUCAGAUCACGUGUACACAAUGCCUCUGUGUAUUAAUGUAACCCAAAGUGAUUUACACAGCAUUUAAAAAACACAGUAGGAGACAUGAUUACUGCUGAUUGGAGAAGAGAACGAAGUAUGUAUUGCUAAAAUAAAUGUUAUGCCGUUUUCAGUAUUUAUGGAGCACAUUAGAUUAUUUAACUUUAGUUACAGUUACUGAUUUAAUCAACCCAAAAAAUGUAAGCAAGUAAUUCUAUGUAAAUGUUAAUCUUACCAAUAAAAAAUAAAGUUUUUACCUAAAGAACAAAA